UAUAUAAAUGAGGAAUCGGGGAAAGAGCAAUCAGUCUCAUCUUCUUCGCUCUACUGCGUCAGUUCAAUCUCUUUUUGGUGAAGAAUUUAGGACAAUAUGAUCGGAAUUCAGUCUGCUCUGUUCAUUAUCGGAAUGACCAUUGGAAUGGUCUACGGAGAAGGAAAUCAAAAAGUCAUCGUCCAGAGCAUUAAAAUUAAUGAUAUUGCCGAUAAUCCAUAUUUCAGCCAAUGGGCUGCUGAUAUUCAUUCUUCUGGUGAAAAAAUUUCAUUCAAGACUCCCUUCAAACAAGAACUUCCUGCGAACAUGAAAGUAAAAUUAGAAAUCUCGUUGGAUGGUGAUGAUCUUCCAGAAGCAGAGAUGGACCUGUGUGAUAUCUUUGAUGAUGACACCUUGGGUAAAGAUUUGAUUGAACAUGGAUUACCGGAUGGUCAAUUCCCGACGGAGUGUCCUAUCCAAGGGGGUGACAACUUCGAAGUUCAAGACUAUCCACUACCUAAGGAUGAAAAAAUACCACAGGGUACUAAGGACGGACCGUUCCACAGUGUAGUAAGCAUCUAUGAAGAGGGAAAAGAUCCUAUCAUCAUCAUUGAAGCCGAUGGAGAAGUGAUGCACUACUAGUGCUAAAUUCAACAGACCGCCUUGCUAUAGAAUUGCCCCUAAUGACUUCUGUUACCCCCAUUCUGUCACUUGCAGAUGCACUUUAGCGUGCUAUCCUUCCCAAUUGAGAAAACUAGUCGUUCAGGAGGCCUAUAGCACAUCUUGACAACGAUAAUGUUCCAUAAUUAUAAAUUUUAUGAUGACGUAUGCCAACACCACUACAAUCUUUCGUUCUCUGUCCACGUAUUGUUGAAAUAAAAAGUUAGAGGCUCUGAAUAA